AUGAAGACGCCCGAGGACGUCGCGAAGACGAAGCCCGUCGUGAAGCAGGAGCGCACGAUCGCGCGGGACUGGCGAUUACGAGCGAAGCGCGACGAGACGCCGUCGCCCGAGGCGGCGGCGGCGGUCGCGAAACCGCCGCCGCUUCCGACGCCCCCCCCGGCGAUGCCUUCGCCGUCGCCGUCGCCGUCGUCGCCGCCGCCGCCGCCGCCGCCGCCGCGCUCCGCUUCUUCACCACACGUCGUCGUCUCCGCCGACGGCGUCGCGGUCGCGUGGCCGAACGCGCGCGCGGCGAUCAGCGGCGCGUCGACGAUCGAGGCGCUGCGCUUCGAAGUGGACGCGUUGAAACGCGUCGUCCAAGCCGCCGCGACGGAGCGCGAGCUCCUCGUCGAGAGUCACGCGGUGGACGCCGCCGCACACGCCGCGAAAGCCGCCGCGGAGCUGCGCGCGACGCGCGACGCCGCGCGCGGCGAGAUCGCGUCCAGGGAGCUUCAGAUCGCGUCCGAGCGCGACGCGGACCAACGCGCGUUUUUAAGGCGCGUUCUAUACACUGGUCCCCAUACGACCGCGUUGGCGUGGGAACUGCGCGCCGUGGCGAAGGAAACCGCGAGAACGGCGGGGCCAUCGCCCGGUCUCGAUGGAAGCGCCGACGCUACUAACGCGCGCGCAUCGGAUUCCUCUCCGCGUCGCGCCGCCGUGAGGCUCGAGGCUGUGCGCGGCAGAGAGGUCCGCGCGCUCGAGCGACGCGUCGAGGCGUUGGAGCUCGAGCGCGAGCGUCUCGCGGAGGCGCUUCGAGCCGCCGCGAGCGAGAUGGGGCCCCGCGGAGCCGGCGCGACGGGGGGCGGCGUCGACGCGCCGUCGGCUGCGGCGGCCGCGGCGGCGUUGUCGCCGUCGAAAGCGACCGCGCGCGCGGCGGCCGCCGCGCGCGAGCUGCGCGACGCGAACGCGACGAUCGACGCGUUGCGAAGCGAGAUGAAGAUCAAGGACGCGGCCACCGCGGCGAUGCGCGCGACGCACGCGCGGGAGGUCCAGGAGUUGAAGGCGACGGCGAUUGGAGGACCACCGAGGAAAGAGAUCGCCGGCGCGAGCGCGCCGGCGGCGGCGACCGCGGAGUCGACGCCGCGAUCGCAAUCGUCCGCGUUCGCGCGCGCGCUCGAGGCGCAGCGCGAGGACCGCGCGGUGGAGAGGCUGACGCGCGAGCUCUUCGCCUCGAAGGCGACGUGCGACGCGCUUCGAGCGCAGAUGGACGCCGCGCUCGCGGAGGACGAGAGGGCGCGCGAAGAAGCCGACGCCGAGACGGAUCUCAGCGCUGACGCCGCCGCCGCCGACGCGGCGUGCGUCCUCGCCGCGUGCCGCGCGUUGCGCGACGCCGCAAUUCGCGCGGGCGACGGCGCCGACGACGCGAUGCUCGCGGCGGCGGCGAGCGACGCGGAGGCGGCGACGUGGCGACGGACCGCCGCGUUCGCCGUCGCGCGCCGCCGCCGCAUUACGGCGGACGAGGCGACGGACGCGGCGAACGCCGCGCGCGACGCCGCGACGCGAGACGUCGCCGAGUGGACCGCGCGCGCGCGCGAUCUCGCCUCGCGGCUCCGCGCCGCCGACGACGCGCUCGCUCGCGCGCGCGCCGAGGCGGGCGUGGAGAUCGCGCUCGCGGAAGAGACCGCGAAGCUCGCGGCGGAGGAGACGGCGGACGCGCGGCGCGACGCCGACGACGCGCGAAACGCCGCGUCGGCGGCGGUGGGCGCCAACGCCGGGGCGCUUCGCGACGCGAGGGACGAGGCGGCGAAGCUUCGCCUGCGCGAGCGGCACUGGGUCGCGCUCAUCGAGUGCCACCGAUCCGCGGCGGCGCUGUCGCUGUCGAGCGAUGGGGGGAACGACGCGAACGCGAACGCGACGACUGGGGGGCAAGUGGACGCGUCGGAGCUGCGAAAAACGCAGCGCGACGCGCUGGAGAAGGAGGCGGCGACGCACGUCGCGGCGAUUCAAGCCGUCGCGGCGAUGCUCACGCCGCCGGCGAGAGGCGGAGCGGGCGCGGGCGGCGAGGGCUACGUCAGCGUCACCGCGAGCGAGCUGCGGCGGUUGACGACGCGCGCGGAGCGCGCGGAGGCGGACGCGGCGUCCGCGCGCGAGCGUCUGCGCGCGAAGAGCGAGGCGCACGCGACGGAGGCGCUGCGCGCGAAGCGGAGCGAACUGCGCGCGAACGAACGCGAGGAGGCGGCGCGGCGGGAGGCGGCCAAGGCGGAGGAGCGCGGGAGGGCGCUGGAGCUGGCGACGGAGCGCCUCGCGACGGAGCGCGCGAAGACCGCCGCGGAGACGCGGGGCUUGGAGGAGCGACUGCGCGCGGCGGUGGACGCGCUGGCUGACCGCGACGCGGCGCGCGCGGCGGGCGCGGCGGUCGUCGAGAAGAGCGCCGGCGCGACUGAGGCUUCCGUCGUCGCGUUCGGGGGCUUCGGGUCCGACGUCGAGGACGCGACGACGACGACGACGACGACGCGCGCGCGGGCGAAGACGCCGCCGAGGCGCGCGGCGACGGCUACCGCGGCGGCGGACGUGAUCGAAUCAUCGCGGCAGGACGAGGACGUCACGUCAUCAUCAUCGCCGACCGCCGCGAAGACGCCGGUGCUGUGGAAGGACGUCUCGCCCGCGCGGAUGCGGUCGAAGAAGCAAUCGCCGCGCGCCGCGGCGGAGGACGCGGGCCCGUUCGCGGGAGAGAAGGACGGUCUCCCGCCCGCCGGCGCGUUCGGCGUGGACGUCGCCAAGUCGAGGCGCGCGCUGCCGUUCGCGAAUCGGUUCUCGCCGACGAAGACGCUCGAGGACGCGCUGGGCGGGUACAAGAGGAUCGGCGAAGAGGUCAAGCGACGCCUCGGCGAGACACCGGCGAAGACGACGAAAAACGCGGAGGAGGAGAACGGCCCUGAGGCGGCGGCGGAGGCGGAGGAGGCGAAGAAUCAGACGCCUCCGAAACAGAAGCGGUACGGCGGCACCGGCCGGUUCGGCAGCGGCGACGUCGCGAUCGAUGGGUUGGGGUUGGGAUCGGCGAGCGCGAGCGCGAAGAAUUCGAAUUCUUCGCCCGAGUCCGCGGCGUCGUCGCGUCGCCGCGACGAGGGCUUGACGCGCCUCGCCGAUCGACUGCGCGACGAGAGCUUCGACCGCCGUCGCGAGCCUCGCGCGUACGACGCGGUGUUGUCCCCGGCGAGCGUGGACACAGGGGACACGGGUUUCUACUCCGACGUCACCGGCGCGAUCGCCGAUACAAACGACGCCGAAGAAGAAGAGGAGGUGGAGCAGGCGCUGAAGGAGGAGGAAAAGGCGGCGGUCGCCGCCGCCGCCGCCGCGGACGCCGCGCAGGACGCCGCGCUCGAGGCGUUGUUCGCGGGCGCGUCCGCUUCCUCCGCGGACGACGACGCCGGGCCGAUGAGCCAGCCGACGAGCCCGACGCGGACGCGAUCGAAGCCGCCGCUGUCGCCGAGCAAAUCCCCACCCCAGGGGAGUAAGACAGAGGAGGCGGCGGCGGUGGACGAGACGGCGUUCGCGACGAUGUCCCCGGCUGCGAAGAAGCGCGCGAGAAAAAAGGCAAACGCCGCCGCCGCCGCCGCCGCCGCCGCCGCCGCCGCGAAGGCGCGAGCGCCGACGGCGAGCCCCGAGAAGACGACGGCCGCCGCGAACGAUCACGUCGACUUCUCCCCGGUCAAGGCCACGGACGUGACGUUCACGUCACCGACGAAGGACGGCACGCCGAGCAAAGACUUGGCGACGCUCGACGUUCAUCGAGGGGACUCCCCGACCAAACUGUUGCUUCGCGCGCACGCGAAGAAGACGUCCCCGGACAGCGCGGCGAGGCAGCACACCGCGUCGUGGUUCGGCGGGUUCAUUCGCAACGCUGCGAACGCGAACGAUGUCGAGGGAGCGGCGCGACGGAAUCGGAAUCGCAGCAGGAGUCGGAGCCGGAGCCGCUCGCGGUCGCCGUCGCCGUCGCCGUCGCCGUCGCCGUCGCCAGAAGUCAGCGGCGCGAGCUCGAUCGACACGCUGCCCGGGGGAGACGAUUUCAUGCGGCGGGCGAACGCGCGCGAGGGGAUGAUGGGCGGGCUCGCGACGCCACAAAGCAAGGCGCCGCCGCGGUGA